CCUAUAAAACCCACAACUAUACCAAGAUUAGAGUUGUGUGGUGCUUUAUUGGGUACAAGACUUUUUCUGAAGUCAGAGCCGUUCAUUUGGAGCUGGUUUCCGACCUGACCAAGGAGGCUUUUCUUGCGGCCUUCAGCCGAUUCAUUAGCCGUCGUGGGAAGCCUCAGCGCGUGUACUCCGACAAUGGCACAACAUUUGUGGGAGCUUUCAAUGAGCUGUCACGUUUCUUUGAGGUUUCAUCAAAAGACAUAGAAUCAGCCCUUGCAAACAAAGGCAUCGAAUUUAAAUUUAUACCAGCCUACAGCCCACAUUUCGGUGGCAUUUGGGAGGCAGCAGUAAAAUCCACAAAACAUUUACUUCGUAGAGUCAUGAGCUUAACUCACCUUACUUAUGAGGAGCUCUCUACUUGUCUGGUUCAGAUAGAGGCUAUAUUAAAUUCCAGACCCUUAACUCCUCUAUCCUCUGAUCCUUCUGAUCUAUCUUAUCUUUCUCCUUCCCAUUUCCUUAUCGGACGGCCACUCACUUCAGUCCCUCGUCCAUUAUUGACUGACGCCAACAUCCAGCGACUGCAGCGUUUCGAUCGCGUUGAGAAACUGAGACAACAUUUUUGGAAACGCUUUUGUAAUGAGUAUGUGUCUCUUCUGCAGCAGAAAACCAAAUGGCAAACAGCUGGACAAGACCUGAAGACUGGCACCAUGGUCUUAGUGAGGGAUGCCAAUCUCCCUCCUCUUCUCUGGCUGCUGGGCAGAGUAGUAGCAGUUAAAACUGGCUCGGACGGACAUUGUCGAGUCGCUGACGUUCGUACGAGGAAAGGCAUCAUCACACGUGCCUACAACAACAUCUGCCCUCUUCCGGUGGCGUAACAUGAACUUGAAGCCUUCUCUUCAACCCGGGGAGUAUGUUCCUGACGUCACAUCGGGCUCACCACCAUACGUGGCCCGCGACUGCUGCGAUCGGCGGUCAUGCAUUCACUCGCUCGCCCGUCACGACGCCGUGCGCACAUAUCGGUUGACCCUAACAAUCAGUACCUAUUUAAAUACAGUCUUCUCAUCAUACCGAAGUCUUUUAUUAUUCAAGACCACCAGCAGCACACCUGGAGCUUGAU